GGCAGAAACGGGGCGCAUGCGCACACCACUGGAGCACACCUGCUGCAGGGCGAGAGCGGUCGGAGUGAGAGGGUCGGCACCCCUCCCUCUUUUUUCCCUCUCUCUCCAAGGGGGCGGGGCCUUCGGGAGACUCUGGGAAAUUCCAUGUCGCUCUGGAGGGGUGAGAGCAGCUCCUUUCCGCAGGCUGGGUGCUGUUUCUGUUUGCUGCCAGCAUGCCUACACUGGAACCUGAGCAACUGGCCAUCAGGGAAAUGAGAGAAGAGGAGGCACCAAUGGUUUUGGAGCUUCUGAAGGAUGGAUUCAAGGAUACCGAGAACCGCUUGAUACUGUAUGUGCUGACCCGGCCGUUGGCGUUGCUACUGAUGGCGGUGGUGAGCAGCGGCCUGCGUUUCUUCCUGAACUCUUUUGUGGUGGCUCUUGUGCUGCCAGUGCUGCUCACCGUGGUGGCGCUGAAACUUCUGCUGUGGCGGUCACCUGACCUGAAGCAGUUGUAUACUUACUACAGCGCUGGCCAGCGAGGGCUCUGGGUGGCCGUGUAUGACGAGGACGACGUCUGUGGCUGUGUGGCCCUGGAGCCCCACAAUGGAGAACCACGCACCGCCGAGCUCAAACGCCUGGCUGUCAACCGUUGGUACCGCCGCUCUGGAGUGGGGCGCCACCUCCUCCAUUUCCUGGAAAAGCGGGCUCGUGCCCAGGGCUUCCGAUUCCUAGUGGCCCAUGUCUCAGUUGUUACCAAAGCAGCAAUUGGGCUCUUUGAAAGUUCUGGCUACAGUGUGAGCGGUGGGCGCCAGUGGCUCGGUUACACAGUCCAGCAGGAGUUCAGAAAGGACCUUUAGUAGCCGAGCCUGCUGUUUAACCAUCAGCUGUCAAGCUUAGGGAGCCAGGCAGAAUAGCAUGUGGGUGUUUUGAAUCAUUUUGCUCCCGAACAGGGAAAAGUAUAGGGCUCCCCAAACCAGCUGUGGUGAAAGAAGCUAUUGCCAAGCUCCACACAGCGUAGUCCUUGGCAGAAUAAGGUGGCUCUUUUCAACUGCAAACGGAAAGUUCUGCAACCAUCAGAUUAGCAAAGCUAAUCAGGGUAAACUAUUGUCUGCUAUAGUGCUGAGUCUGGCAUGGCAUUCAGAAUCUUGUGUUGUAUCGGGAUUUCAGUCCCAAAUUAUGAACGUACAGUUUGAGGCACGGGGACAACCAGUUCUUGCCUUGGGCUAGAUACAAUCUGUGUGUCAUUUGUAUGAAACACGUUCAGAUUUUACACCUAGAUAACCUCUAAUUCAGGAGUGCCAGGUAAAUUAUGCAUAGGAAGCACAUGUUGAAUUUCCUGUUUUAUUUAUACCAUGCCAUUGGUGUGUGUUGCACUUUAGAAGAUGACAGGGCCUGGCAUCAAUGAACUAACCAUCUAAAAUGUAGUCUCAUUUUACUAUUCACUUAGAGAUGCAGAAGAAAGCUGUUGGAGUUCAAGUUGGAGGUAUACAAAGAGAAAUAUAUUACUGUUUUCUAACUAA